UGUGGACCUGGGUCUCCCUGAGGAAAGCCAGGCCAAGAACACACUCUUCCUCUCCACACCCCUGCAGGGCCCCUGUGAACACACCGCCUGCAAGCAUCCAUGUCCCCAUGUCCCUCUGCCAGGGCUGGGCAGGGAUGUCCUCAGUCACCAAUGACCCUCAUGACAACCCCGCUAUCCCCGUUUAACAGAUGAGGACACUGAGGCACAAGGAUGUGAGUUAACUUCCCCUAGGUCCCCUCUCGAGGAAACCUUAUUCCCAGGGGCAGGGAAGUGACGUGGUAAGGUCUGGAGUGAAAAGAUCAUGCUGAUGGCUGGAGUAUGCGCACACUGAAGAAAUCAGCCUGGAGUUGGGGGGCAGCGGAGACCACCUUGCCCCUGGUGAAAUCCUGUUCUUCUAAAAACUGUUGAAACCCAUCAAGAGGAGAUGGUGCCCAGAGCUGGGCUCUGGGAAAAGUAUGCAGCAGGAGAGGUUUGCGGGGGCAAUAAUUCAUAAUUACACAGGAGUCGAAAUGCAUGAUUUCGAUUUGUCGCAUUACUAAUGAUUGUCAUUUUUAUCGUUUGAUUAAGGUAGUGUCUGCCAGGUUUCGCUACCAUCAAGUGACUUUCCUUUGAAAUUAAUAUUUUGUAAGGAGAUACUUUGAGCUAUGUAAAUAUUACCAAACUUUCCACUUAUCUUUUGACUUAUGUCUGUAUGGACUCCUGGUUUCCUAUGUUCUCCUAUAUAAUUUGUUAUUAUUUGUUUUGAUUUUCAAGUUGCCCCUGCUAUGGCGUGAGGAGCUUCUUCACGCUGAUCCCUGUUCUUCUGACCUGUCCCCAUAACUCUUUGAGCACAGUCUUGCUUUACCGCACAAGAUGGGUUAGGCCCCCCUUCUACUUGUCCUGCUCCAGACGUGCAUUCAGCCCUUUCUCCUAGGAGUCUUCGUUCCUUUUAGUGGAGAGUGGUAUUUAGAAGCCAAGAUCUGGAUGCUAGAGGUGCUCACUAAUAUCAGGGCAUCACUGCUUCUGGGUCGUCUUCGAGAGCUGGAGAAUAUAUGCUCAUGUCCCCAGACGGUGACGUGUUUAUUUGUAUAUCCCUCUCUGUACAGCGAAACCCACGAGCACAUACCGCUGCCUCCAGUUCCAACCCAACACCACAGGACUCAUUCUACUUGCCCCUUCUGUAUUCGUAACUCCCUUUUCCAACAACGGUGAGAAACCUGAUUCCCAUUACCCUUAAUAUAAUCCCCGUGUGUAACCAGUCUCGCUUCUCCAUUGCCAUCCCAGCCCUGUGGGGACGCCUUCCUCGCCCUGAUCUGGCGUUGACAUCUGCACCGGGCUCUCUCCACGAGUGCGCACACUCAGCACAAACCCCCAGUCUAAGCGAUGCAAUUCCUGCGCGUAGAUACACCCUCUCCACCCGGCUCAUGCUCCAACCUUCCACACCAGGCUGCUCUGUCACGAGUCAUCCUCACCUCCCCAGGCCCCAGCGCUCUGGGCCGUGCUGCCCCUCUGUGGGGACUCCCCUCACUCCACCACCCUGUUUGGACUCUGGCUCCCUACACUGAUGGCCCCUAGUCCCCUCCCAUCCAGUGCAGACAGCCACAUUGUCUCCCUGGGCUCUGACACCAUCACGACUUUCCACCCUCCCUGACCCCCACGCCAACGUGGGCGCCCACCUUGCUCCUUGCCCCUGAGUUACCCAGGAAGAAAGGAACAGAUGAGCAGAGGAAAAGCAAACCCCACCCUCUUCAUCACUGUGCGCACCUACUUCCUGAAGUUGGCCUGUCGUGCAAUUCUUGCAUCCUGCUCGUUGACACACAUUCCUGACCUACUGGAAAGCUCCUUGAGGCCAGGGGCCGUGCCCUCCCCGUCUUCACGUGCCCAAGGGCCAGCAGAGGCCAGGCUUAGAGUGAGCACUCAACACGCUUGUUGGAACAUUGAAUGAACGGAUGCCCUCUGCUCUAAUCCUCAUUUUGGAGACUAUCUUUCCAAUUUUAUUCUGGGGAUAAAAGGUCAGAGCCUGGGACUGGCUCCCCCUCCCGUCUCACUGGAGCCAGAUGGGGAGGCAGGAACAGCUCUGAUCCCUCCCAACCCAAGUAGAGAUUUCUGACCCAGCUGUCACAGCUCUAAGACACAGGGACCGAGGGUGAGGCCAAGAGAGGCAGGAAGAGUUGGCAAAGGCACGAUAGAGAAGAUAAGGAGGCUGAGGCACCGGGCAGGACGGGAAGGAGGGGGAGCCGUCUUGAGGUCUGUGCCCGGUGAGCCCUGCCCUGCCCCCUCCAUGCAGCUUCCCAUGGGCCCCGCCUGCAUCUUCUUGAGAAAAGGCAUCGCCGAGAAACACCGGGAAAGACCCCUGGGACAGGACGAGAUUGAAGAGCUCCGGGAAGCAUUUCUUGAGUUCGACAAGGAUCGAGACGGGUUCAUCUCUUGUAAGGAUUUGGGGAAUCUCAUGAGGACGAUGGGUUACAUGCCCACGGAGAUGGAACUGACUGAGCUGGGCCAGCAAAUCCGCAUGAACUUGGGUGGCCGUGUAGACUUUGAUGACUUUGUGGAGCUGAUGACCCCCAAACUACUUGCAGAAACGGCUGGGAUGAUCGGCGUCCAGGAGAUGCGAGAUGCCUUCAAGGAAUUUGACGCCAACGGCGACGGGGAGAUCACCCUGGGGGAGCUGCAGCAGGCCCUGCAGAGACUUCUGGGAGAGAAGCUCACCCCCCGGGAGAUCUCCGAGGUUGUCCAGGAAGCCGAUGUUAAUGGAGAUGGCACCGUCGACUUUGAAGAGUUUGUGAAGAUGAUGUCUCGCUGAGGAGCUUCUGGAAACCUCCGUCACUCUCCACCUGGUCAACAUACAUCCAGCACUUCUGGAGGACCAAAUCCCCAGAGCCCCUUAAAGGAGAGAGGGUGGGGGGUGGUGUGGAGACCGGCCUUGCAGUGCUAUGGGUUGAGGUUAGACUGAAAGUAAGAGCU